AGGCUGGCCUGAAUAAAAAAAAAUCGGUUAGAAGUCCAGUAAAGCACAACAAAGGCGGCCCAUGUUCAUUAAGGGUUUAAGAAAUUAAACAAAACCCUCGACCCGCUCCUAUUCUUGCCAGACCUAACCGUCUCUCUCCUCUUUCUUCAACGUCCAUCUAUACACACAAAUCCCUGUAUCUAUCCUUCACCACUCUCAUUCAACCUGUAAAAACCUCCAAUUCAUCAAUGGACUACGAAGCUCCACUCCUUGUAAGCUCCGUAACGGAGCUCAAAAAGAAGGAAAAGCUCCAAAAGAAAGCCAAAUCAGGCGGAUUCGAGUCAUUAGGGUUAAGUUUCAAUGUGUUUAGAGGCGUUAAACGGAAGGGAUACAAGGUGCCGACGCCGAUUCAGCGCAAAACGAUGCCGCUUAUACUCUCUGGCUGCGAUGUUGUGGCCAUGGCUCGGACUGGUUCCGGCAAAACGGCGGCGUUUUUGGUGCCGAUGUUCGAGAAGUUGCGGAAUCAUUUGGAUGAGUGCGGUGGGAUUCGGGCUUUGAUUUUGUCGCCGACGAGGGAUUUGGCGCUUCAGACUCUUAAAUUUGCUCAGGAAUUGGGUCGAUAUACCGAUCUUCGAAUUAGUUUAUUAGUAGGAGGCGAUAGUAUGGAAAGUCAGUUUGAAGAGUUGGCACAGAACCCCGAUAUCAUUAUUGCAACCCCUGGUAGACUCAUGCACCAUUUGUCUGAGGUUGAAGAUAUGUCACUGCGUAGUGUGGAGUAUGUGGUUUUUGAUGAAGCUGACUGUAUCUUUAGCAUGGGGUUUGCUGAGCAGCUGCAUCAAAUUCUGUCCAAACUUAGUGACAAUCGUCAAACCUUGCUCUUCAGUGCAACUUUACCAAGUGCCCUUGCCGAAUUUGCCAAAGCUGGUUUACGAGAUCCCCAGCGUGUGCGACUUGAUUUGGAGACUAAGAUUAGCCCUGACUUGAAGCUUGUCUUUUUCACUUUAAGGCAGGAAGAAAAACAUGCUGCAUUGUUGUACUUAAUUGAGGAGAGGAUUAGACCUGAUGAACAGACUUUGAUCUUUGUUUCCACAAAAUAUCACGUUGAGUUUCUUAAUGUUCUCUGUCAAGAAAGGGGUAUUCGUCCAUCUGUUUGCUAUGGUGAUAUGGACCAAGAUGCUCGCAAGAUGGCUGUAUCCCAAUUUAGAUCAAGAAAGACUAUGCUGCUGAUCGUGACUGAUGUAGCAGCCAGGGGGAUUGACAUUCCUCUGCUUGAUAAUGUCAUCAACUGGGAUUUUCCUCCUAGACCUAAGCUUUUUGUCCAUCGAGUAGGACGAGCUGCAAGGGCUGGUCGGACUGGUACUGCAUUUUCUUUUGUCACAACUGAAGAUAUGCCCCAUGUUUUAGAUCUUCAUCUCUUUCUUUCAAAGCCUGUCAGGGCUGCUCCCACUGAGGAAGAGGUUUCACAUAAUGUGAAUAAUCUCAUGUCUAAAAUUGAUCAAGCAAUUGCCAACGGAGAAACCGUUUAUGGGCGCUUCCCUCAGACAGUUCUUGAUCUCUACGCAGAUAGGGUUCGGGAGUUACUGGAUUCUUCUACCGAAUUACAUUCAUUGGAGAGGCCGUGUACUAAAGCAUUUCGUUUAUAUUACAAGACGAAAGCAAAGCCUUCUAAGGAGUCUGUUAGAAGAGCAAAGAAGUUGCCCCGUGAAGGACUUCAUCCAAUAUUCAAAAGUUCGCUAGGUGGUGAUGAGAUAACUGCACUUGCCUAUCUUGAGCAGUUGAAAAAAUACAGACCCAAGCAGACUAUCUUGGAAGCUGAAGGUGAAGUUGCUAAAUCAAAGAAAGUAAAAGGGUCUGCAAGUCAAGGGGGUGAUGUAAUGAAAAUGAAAAGAGCUGUGCAUGAGGAGAUCAUUAAUAAAGAACAUCAGAAACACUCCAGAGAGUGUGCAGAAAAGAAAUAUGAAAUGGAUGAUGAUAUGGAUGAAGUUAUGGAAAACGUUCCUACAGCUGGCAUUGAAAAGAAAGUUUCUGGUUCUAAAAGGAAGGCAAAGAGCUUCAAGGAUGAGGAGUACUUCAUAAGUUCCGUGCCAACAAACCAACAUUAUGAGGCAGGACUUUCAGAAAAGGGCAGCAGAGGGUUUGAAUCUAAUAGGUUAGAUGCUGAUGUUCUGGAUCUAGCUGCGGAUGAUAAUAGUGGGCUGCAGAAACAAAAGGCAUCAUAUCACUGGGACAAGAGAAGUAAGAAAUACAUCAAGCUAAACAGUGGGGACCGUGUAACAGCUAGUGGAAAGGUGAAGACUGAAAGUGGCGCAAAAGUCAAAGCUAAUAAGACUGGGAUAUACAAAAGAUGGAAAGAAAGGUCACACAAUACAAUAUCUUCCCGAGGAACAAGUCGUGAUGGCGGUGCUGAAGAACCUACGAAUAUUGCAGGUGCUCGGGGGCGUAUGGAUAGCAGAAGGUUUAAAGGUGGAAAACAACGGCAGUCUAUACCUAAUGCUCAUGUGCGUUCGGAAUUGAAAAACAAUGAACAAGUUCGGAAGGAAAGGCAAAAGAAAGCAACCAAGCUUCAACAAUUAAAGAGUAAUCCCAAGAGGGGUAAAAAAUUUGGUAAAGGGGGGAAAAAUGGCAAGAGAGGAGGAAAGUCAAGGUAAUUGAACACGAGAGACUUGGUUGUUUUGCUCCCUCUGUGCUCCGGGGGUAACAAAUUUUUUUUGAAGAUGUAACAAGUUACUUGAAAAAUAUACAUUUUUAAACUGAGAGGUAAUUGCAUACUAUUAUAAUUAUAAUUUUAAAA